UGUGUUCCUGCUGAAGCGGCCGCCUCCCCUCUGCCUUCCCCACUCCCACGCCGACCUUGGAUAUAAACCUUCCCUCACUGCGUGGGGUUUGGCGCGCUAAGGCGAGGCUGCCGCUGCCGAGGGGUGAAGGAAGCGUGUGUUCGAGGUAUAUCGCUGAGCAGUGCAUGUGGACGGUGUGGCGAGUGUUGAGUGUGGUGGCUGGUGUGGGAAGGUGUGUGGUGCCAGUGUGAAGACGAGGAAUGGUGUGUGUGCCUUGGGAAUUAGUGAAACGAGUGCCAAACAAAGGAAAACCUCAAGGAUUAUCUACACGAGGUGCACCACAGCUUCCUCAGAUAAUGAGUUGAACAUGAUCGCCACAGGGUGUGAGCUCGAUGCCGCCAGCGAGGACCCCGCCAGCACCCAAGGCCACCCCCGCUACUGCCCGCCGCCGCCACCCUAACUAGGACCCACGUGGGCAGCGGCGAGGGAGGAGGACUAGACAGAAUGAACGGAUCACUGUAUGAGGAUACGGCCAGUACUCGAGGCCUGGAGCCCGCGGGCCAGACACCGCUGCACAUCCCGGCCAAGAGAGUGGCCACCACGCUGGCCGUGUCCACCUAUCCGCACCCGCCCGAGUGCCCCACGGGGCCAGACUCGGGCGCCGCGGCGGGUGUCAUCAGGCACUCCCACUCAACACAGCCUUGGAACUACCAGCCAGACCACGCUGCGGCCACGGCUCCCUUCGACUCCCAAUAUGGCCAGACGUUCUACCGGGACGGCGUCACGCCCACUUACUACAAUAUUGCGGACUCCAGAAUGGCUGACCGCAAGGCGCUGGCAUUUUGGCCCAACAAAUGCGAAUACGCCCCUGGACCUUCCUCCAUGGCGACGGAGUCCUGCCAGGCCUUCGCCGCCCAGACGUGGUGUAACUAUCCUCCGUAUGGGCGUGUGGGUCAUGUUGACGCCCAUGGACAGCCUGUGCCAUACCUGACAGCGGCAGACGGUGCCCCUAAAUCUGCUGUGGAGGCCGCGGCAGGAUAUCCCCACGACGGCUACCUGAGGAACUACCCCACAACCGAGAGCAUGCCCCCGGCACCAUAUCCUCCAGCGCACCGGCCGCCCUUCCCCGUCUCUCACCCAGAUGUGAACUGGCUGUACGGGGCUAAGGGGAACCCGCUUGUAGGAGCGCUGGGCACCAUCCCACAGGAAUGGACGGGCACUAUGACGGUGAGGAAGAAGCGGAAGCCGUACUCCAAGUUCCAAACUCUGGAGCUGGAGAAGGAAUUUCUCUACAACGCCUACGUGUCCAAACAGAAGCGCUGGGAAUUGGCGCGUAACCUCAAUCUUACAGAACGACAGGUCAAAAUAUGGUUCCAGAAUCGUCGAAUGAAGAACAAGAAAAAUAGCCAAAGACAGGCUGCACAGGAGGCAGCAGCAGCAGCAGCAGCAGCGAACGGCGGCGGCACACCCUCCUCUGGUGGAGGCACUCCCGGGCACCACCCCAACACUCCCCAGACUCCGAACACCAUAAAGCCUUGACCAGUGCAGAGCGCCUGUCACACAGCCGCCAGCCUGUCCUCCGCCCCGCCACUACCACACGCCCACCCUGCACUUCCCACCUCCUUGGGGGAGUGCCGGCGUGACACCCUCCACUACACAGGGGCGAGGGACUUAACCUGGAAUCUGCCGUGACCUGCUGAAGUGCACCAUGACCUGCUGCAGUGCACCAUGACCUUCUGAGGUGUUGUGUAACCUUCUGCACUGCGCUGUGUUCUGCUUCGUUGCGCAGUGAGCUGCAGUUGUGGUCUAUGAGCUCUUGCAGUAAGUUGUGGUUUGGUGCAGCUGGCGAUGACCGGCUGCAGCGCUUCGCAGCCUCCUGCAGUGCACUUUAACUUGGUGCAGCUCGUUAUAACCUCCUGCAGGGCGCCGUGGUUUGCUGCAGUGCAACCUUCAGUGAAGAUGGUCAGGUAAAGCGCAACUUCCUCGCCGUCCGAAAUGGCGAGAGUUACUCAGUCAGGCUGGCGGUUGUCUGGACAGGAGAAAAAAUAAGAUGAAAACUUCCAUACUCUAUCCUACACAAGACAGAGACUUGUUCUUCAUUUUAAAGAGCACCGAUUCCGACUAACUCCCUCACCUCUCAGUGACAUCCUAACCCGUUCCCUUCACCCUUCCACCCCACCACACUGCUAGCCAACACGACCCUUCUCUUGGAGUGUAAUCGAGGAAUGGGAGGCAGCCACGUGGCCUCCGACCCUAAGUGAUGUUCCUAGUGAAGUGAAAACAGACUCCUGGAGGUGAGGCGAAGGACAACACGUGGAGACAUACCGGUGAACGAGGGACGAGUCAUCAAUGAAUGCAGUGAAGGAACAAUGCUAAGCUCGUCCCUCUUGUCGUCCCUAACCAACCUGUUCCCCCCUCCCAGUUACGCCCCUUUGUACAUUACUAUUUAACGUGAGGUGUAAUAAAUGUAAAUAAAUUCCAUUUCGUACGC